AUGGCCGCGGACGACUCGUACACGGCAGCUGACGAGCGCGCCCGUGCCGCCCGGAGGGCGGGCAUCCAGGCGAAGAAGGACGAACAGCCGGCGAACACGACGCGGAGUUACGCGGCGAAGCAGCGGGAGUGGAAGGCCUGGUGCCAUACGCCUCGGGCUGCAGCAGACGGCUCGCUCUAUAGCUGGCCCGACGGCGAGCUCGUAACGCCGGACAAGCUGGCGGCGUGGCUCAAAGAGGAUAUCCUGUUACGACGCGUUGUGCCGCCGCAGAAGAAGCCGCGCGCGCGGGAGCAGCUCGAGGCCGCGGCCAUGGCAGAGGCCGAAAGCCUGGCCGAAGCUUUGGAGGUCCCCCUGGCCGAGGCCGCCGAGCUGCUCGCUGACGACCGCGAGGGCUACGUGCCACCCACAGGCCUCGCGACGGCUGCAGUGGCUCACGGCAACGCGAAUACGGAGAAUCCCCGGGGCGCCGCCGUACGAGGAUUCCUUGAGCAACGGGGCCGCCAGCGGGGGAAGCACGACCGCGCCUCCUUUAAAGACCGCGGAAGCGACGGGAUCCAGGCCGGCUACCUCCCCGAUGAAUGGCUUCGGAUCCAGGAUCUCCUUCUCACUGGCGCCGCGUAUACGCCGCAAAACCUCCGUACGCGAGUCGACCUCCUCUUCGGCCACUACUACCUCUUACGGGGAGAACCGCCGCAAGAUGGAGCUUGCAGACCUAUCCCUACUCGACUAUCCGCCUUCGGAGGCCCGACCCCUGUGGUUGCCUGGACUGGUAUCGGAUCAAGGUCCUCGUCGGGCGGGACCGCGAGCAGGCUCUCGUACCCGACGCAGCUACAAGAGACCUGGCGUAUCUUCGGCGCUGCCGGCCUUAUCGCGUCGAAGAAGACGCACCUCCCGCGCAGGGUGGGCGCCCAGGACGCGGAGACCCAUGGCACGUCGCUCGCCCAGAUCUCGCAGGCCGGCCGCUGGAACCAGAGCGUGCUCUGCCAGGCAUAUCUUACGCACCUACCGCGGCAGUUCAUGCGUAUCGUCGCCGGCUUCUCGGCCUCCCGGGGACUACUUCCUCGCGCGUGCGGCUCACGAACCCCUACUUCUGCAGGACCUGGCCGUCCUACAGCUCCGCUACCCGUCGCUACCGUUCUUCGCCUACGCCCUUUUGGCGGGCCCGAGUGGGACGAGUUCGCCGUCGCCGUGCGGUCCACCGCGGUAGGGCUAUGGCGCCGGGCGGCCUCGAUGCCCUCCUCCAAGGCAAGGUCCUAUCACCUUUACCGGCUACUUCGGAGCCGGGUCAGGAGAGGCGCUGGCCCCAGCCCCGGCCCCGGCCCCGUCAACAGUACCUACCUUGAAUCUCAAUACAGCUCCGGCCCCGGCCCCCGACCCAGAGCCUCUGGUACCAGGCAUGCCUAUCGUCACAGCCCUGGCAAGGGUCUUUACGGUGGGGACGUCUGGAAGGAGUGGGAGGAAGGGUUUGCAGGUCAGAAGGCCGUACGGGAGCUGGAAGAGACGUGGGAAGCCGCUGGCGCCGGGAACGGGGUCAGAGUGCAGUUCUGUCGCCGGAAGGUGAUCUGGGACGAGCUGUUGGCCCGUAUGGCGUCCGGCAAAUGCAAGGAGGCGGCCGUUGCAGAGCUAGAGCUGUUACGCGCCGGCCGAAGCUUGAACCGACUCGUCGACGAGCUCAAACAGCGCCGACGGCGGGGCCAGGAUCGGGGCCAGGGCCAGGGCCAGAUACGGGUACAGGUAGGGACCCCGUGCCCGAUGACCCAGGUCCAGGCCGGGACCAGGUCAACUCGAGGUCAGGGCCGUCGGGGCGGAGGACCCGGCUGGGAAAGCGGACCGCCCUCGUCGACGUAA